AUGAACGAGCAGGAGAGUUCAGCAGCAACGCUUAACGCCAAUGAACAGGAGGUGGAGCAGUGGCUCUCUGAUUUUUCUUUUGAACUUAACGCGAAGAUACUUCGAAAUUUGACACCAUCGGUUUUGAGAUGGGUGUUGGAGUUCAUGACGACUCCCACGGCACCUCCCGAGAGCACAGCUCCUGUUGCAGGUUGGAGUCGUCCUCGAAAACAUCUCAUCAGUGCUUCAGAGCUUCUCCGAGAUCCAGAUAUUGUGACACUUAUAGCUCGAUUUUCCACGUUCUCGGAAGCGCUCACUGCUAUAGAAGACAGUCAUCUCGUCUUUCAGGCCCUGCGAGAUCAUCGAAAUCAUGCAGCGGGCCUACUCUGUUUCCUACAACCCCGACAGUUCAACUUUGAUCUUGGGCGGCUUACUGUGCAGCAAUACCUGCAUCUAGCCAAACAACACGGCGAGCCUGUGCCAGCGGCCGAUAUCUAUAUCAACCCUUUACUUAUGCAGCUCAUGCAACGCAUGCGGCAGCUGCCGUUCUUUUCCGACGUAGAUACUGUUGCGCUACAGAAAUUUGCCAAUAGGCCAGCUGGCAGAUGGAAGUUCAUGUUCUGUACCAACCCUCCGUGUCAGAAGAUACAGCUCCUGAUUCCUCUUCGACGAGCAUGGCCGCCGAAUGUUUCUAGUCGCACGUCCACUGACGUAGGACCACCAGGCAAGUACUUCUUGCGAACCCAACAGCGAUCACUGGAAUUCUUCUGUCUUGCUAAUGAUCAGGACUAUAUUCUGGAGGAACUGACUAUACUUGAUGGGCAUUUCACUCUGGAGCGGCUUCAAAAGGACGUUCAGCGCAUCUUCUCAAAUUGCGUAGCCUUGGAUGUGCAUUCGACAGAGCUGGCUAAGAUUCUCUUCUGCGAGUUUGCACCGUACGCUUUGAAUCAAGAUCCUGUGGCGAGACCUGAUCUGGAGACUUAUGUAUUGGUUAACACGGAUAAUACGAUUAGGCUGGCAAUGGAUGACGACGCUCUGUUGGUAUACCGCAUUCGUGAAAUGGUAUGGAGAGAUUGGGUAGGAGAGCGACGUGUAGUUCGAUAUCAGAGACCAAGGCAUACUCUCACAUAG